AACCGCUUUAUACAUAACAUUAUUAAAAAAUUAAAAUAUUAAUAGUCUGGUUUAAAUAUCGGAAAAAGUGAAGCGAAUUGAGUUAUUGAAUUGAUUCGAUGACUUGGGAUAUUCGCGAUGUCGCACUGCAUGACCAAUUUUGCUUGGUACCUUGGAAAAUUCAUUAUCGGUUUUACCGGGAUACUGUUCCUAUACGUCGGUUUCUUGAAAGAAAAUGAGAAAAGUUGUGUGUGCGACGCCAGAAUGAGAGAAUUACUAAGGCAGGAAAGCGAAAAACGACCGGACAGAUGCGGAUGUGCGAAGGGGAUGCGAAAUCGUUAUCCAUGUGGAUGCAACAAGCCAAUGCGAUUGUUGCAAGAUGAUGAUUGUAUGGUACCGGUGAUUGCAAAUAAAUAUAACAACCAUUGUGCAAAAAGUCGAUGUUGUAUGAGAAGAAAUUCGAACUAAAAAAAGGAAAACGGUAACGACAGCCUUUUAUGCGAUGCGUAUUAUUGUAAGAUCUCAUCUAAAACAGAUUAUGUGGUCCACGCUCUCGUUCAAGAUCAGGUAAUAUUAAUCUUAAUAUUGGAUAUAGCGAAACAUCCUGAGACAAAAUAAAAUUAAAAUUAUGUAUAAUUGUACCGUCAACCAUUUUGAAAAAUUAUAGAAUGUAGAAAAGAAUAUCUUGAAGAUAUUCUUAUAUAUUUAAAUUUACUCAUAUUAUUUGAGAUUGUCAGAAAUUAUUAACACAAGUUUUAACAAUAUUUCUCGUCGCAAUU